UUUAAGAGAAGUGCCACAAAGGGAACAUGGUUUGAUAGGCUCGACACAAAUCUGCAAAUAAUAUGCAGACUCACAGCAUAUUUUGUUAUGGUGCCACGUACACGGCAAAAAUUUUUGCGUUAUGAAACUGGUUUAUCAGUACCUACAAUUAAUGAAUGGAUAAAAUAUUGUAGAGAGGUAUGUGUAUACUGGGCGAAAAAGCGCAGUGAAAAGCUUGGAGGUCCAGGAAUGACUGUCGAAAUCGAUGGAGCAAAAAUUGGCCGAAGAAAAGGUUGUGAUGUGACUAAAAAGAUUAAGGGUGACUGGAUAUAUGGUGGGUUCGAACGGGAAACGAGAAGGAUUUUUAUUGUACCAGUAGAAGUUGGAACGAAAGAAUCAUUGUUAAAAACGAUAAAAGAAUGGAUAAAUCCCGGAACAAGUAUUGUUACGCAUUUUUGGAAAGCUUACAAUUGUCUUAACGACAAAAGCUUCAAAAGUCUGAAAAGAAAGCAUUCAUAUAAGUUCAUUGAUCCCAAAACUGAUAAAAUAGCAGAUGAUACACAUAUUAGAGAGAUUGAAUCUUGCUGGAGAGAGGUUCGAGCACAUAUGCCAAGACCUGCGUCCUAUUCUCUUCAGUGUUUCAGUGAAUAUCUUUUUAAACGCGUGAAUGAAUUAGAUCGUCUCUCCGAAUCCAGCCAUAAGGUUCCAUUAUGGCGUCAAACUAAACCAGAACAACCCAAAUGCUUGCCCAAUGUAAAAUUAAUGGAAGUGCAGUAUGCACAUGAUAGCAAGUGGCUGCGUUCAGCAGAGAAAAUUAAUCAGUUAGCGCUUAAUGAUUCCUUAAUAUGA